AUGACAGCUCGCCCCGACUCGUCGGUUGUACAGGCGAUGGAUGUUUUUAAACGACGCAGACCUGUAAAAGGAGUACAACAACAAGAAAAGCUAUCACAUGUACUUACAGAUAAAAGAGCAAUCCCAUCUAUCUCGACUACAGAAGGUGCCUCUCUACACCGCAAAGCUGACCCGUUUCAAAUGCAUAUGUCAAAGAGCACAAAAAGCUUUGAGCAGCAGGUAGUUUCUAUGUUUAACCCCAGACGCUUUAGCAGUUGCUAUAGGUGUUUUGAGAUACAAUAUCUUUUAUAUUUAGCUUUUCGUGACAUGGUUUCUUCGUUUAAAACGAAGAAUGCUACAAUGAAUAUGCCCUGGGGCAGUACUCCAUCAAAGCCUCAGUUGACUGCGCUGCGAAGGGUUAUGCGGUGCAGUUUGAACAAGCUUGCCGACGAGUGUUUUGCAGACGCUCGUAAGGAUUUCUCUAAGACAGCGUAUGCAGCCGCAGCACCGAUUUAUGAAAUCCACGAGGCCACGGGCUUUUGCCUUGAAAGGUUGACAAAUGCCGCUAGUUUCUGCAACAAGCUAUUAAUUGAUCAAAAGAAGCAGAGCGCUAGUAUGGUCCAGCUGGCACGGCAGCUAGAUACUGAGAUUGACGAGCUAGCCGCAGAAAAUAACCAACUAGAGGAAAAGCUGCAGCGCACCUUAAAUAAUUAA